AUGGCCAUGAAAAAUUAUUAUAUCCCUGAUUCAUUUCAAAGAGCAUCCAAUAUUAGAGUCUCAUUAGCACCGAAUGUUAAAUUCGAAAUAAAUCUAAGAAUUUUUCAAAUGCUCCCUGAUUUUCAUGGAUUACCUUUAGAGGAACCUCAUCAGCACUUAGAAAAAUUUCAUAUGGUCUGUGAUUUAGUUAAUCUCUCUCAAGUUACACUGAAAAUUAUUAAGAUGAAAUUAUUUCCUCAUACACUUAGGGACAAAGCUAGUCAUUGGCUAUCCACAUUAGAUAUAGAAUUAACUAGCUAGAAAGACAUAGAAUAGGCCUUUUUUUGAAAAUUUUAUUCCUUAGGAAAAACUCAAAAUAUGAGAAAACAUAUAUGAAGUUUUUCUCAAAGACUAGGAGAAACUUUACAUGAGACAUGGGAAACAUUCAAAUAUUUAGUUAGAAAGUGUCCUCAUCAUACUAUACCUAAGUGGUAGUUCAAUAGAAUUUUUUAUGAUGGAUUAUUAGAACAACAUAGAAAUAUGGUUGAUUCUAUAUGUGGAAGAGCUUUUAUGGAGAAAACCCUUGAUGAGAUUUACAGUCUUUAUGAAAAUUUAAGUGAAAAUUCUAGAGAUCAAGCCUCUUUUGAAUUAUAUGACAGGGAUAAGAAGAGAGGAAUUUGUUAA